AUGGAAGUUUUAACAGAUGGGGUGGAGAUGGGGGAGCCAUGUGAGUAUCCCUGCCUUAAUGGAGGACAGUGCAUCUUAUCGGAGUCAUGUGACUGCAGCUUGUUUCAGGCCACUGGACACAGAUGCCAGACAGUUCCAAAUCUUGGCUUUGAGAGAGAGAUGACCUGUAGGACAUGGGGCCAGUACAACUUUGAGACCUUUGACGGUCUUUACUUCUACUUCCCUGGCCGAUGCACAUACACGUUGCUGAAAGACUGUGAGGAAACCACCCAAGCCAGCAUUGUUGUCCAGGUCCACAAUGACCCAAACUGCAGCUCUGCUCCCUACACUUGUCAACGGUCUGUUAGUGUCUUUCUGCCGUGGGAGGGCGAGAUACAACUGCACGCUACCAGCAUCACUUUCAAAGGCGAAAGGUUUGAACUGCCUCACCACAUCCAUAACCUGCAGCUGGUGCAAAUUUCCCAGUAUGUGCUGGUGACGCAGCAGCAGGGUUUCACCCUGGCCUGGGAGGGUCUGAGCGGCUCAGUCUACAUUAAACUCAGCCCGGAGUUUGUGGGCCGAACCUGCGGCCUGUGUGGCAACUUCAAUGCAGACAUCCAGGACGACCUGAAGACGAGCUACGGGUUGCUGACCCAGAACGUAGAGAUGUUUGGGAACAGCUGGAUGGAGAUGGAGCCCCACCAGGACAGAUGCCCCCUGGUUCACUCUGCUUUCUCAUCACCUUGUGCUCAUGUUGAUACUGAAAACCUUCUGAAAGUGGAGGAGGUCUGUGCAGUGCUGCUGGACCUGCCUUUCCAGAGCUGCCAUGACUUUGUGAGCCCGCUGUCCUACAUGGCCAGCUGCUACAACGACCUCUGCAUGUCGGGUCCCAGCGGCGAUGUGGUAUGCCAGGUGUUCAGCGAAUACGCCCGAGCCUGCGCCCAUGCUGACCACCCACUGCACAACUGGAGGCAGCACAUUCCACAGUGUGUGAAGCAGUGUCCUCUGGGGCUGCUCUACAGGGAAUGCAUCAGCUGUUGCCCAGACUCCUGCAACCUGGAACAAACAUGCAUAGACAGCAAGCUGGCCUGCUUAGAUGGAUGCUACUGUCCUGAAGGUCUAAUCUAUGAGGAUGGAAGUUGUGUAGCACCAACUGAAUGUCCUUGUGAGUACCACGGCAUGGUUUAUCCCUCUGGACAAACGCUGCAGGAGGAGUGCAACAACUGCACAUGUUUGGGUGGAGUGUGGAACUGCACUGACAACAGCUGUCCAGGGGAGUGCUCCGUGACCGGUGAUAUGUAUUUUUGGUCGUUUGAUGGGAGGAUCUUCACCUUCCCUGCGACAUGUCAAUAUGUCCUCGCCAAAAGUCGCAACUCGGGCAAAUUCACCGUCACCAUCCAGAACGCCCCCUGCGGAACUUCCAUCUUGUCUCGAUUGCAGAAUUUAGAUGGGGCCUGCAUCCAAUCAGUUAACCUGGUCAUUGACGAGGAUACAAGGACAGAGAUCACACUGAGUCACGUCGGCGAGGUCUUCAUGGCCGGGCAGUACCGCAUCUCACUGCCCUAUUCUGACGACGUCUUCCACAUCCAGGAGCUGUCGUCCAUGUUCCUCCAGGUGAGGACGUCCUUCGGCCUCCGUCUGCAGUACAGCUGGACGGAGUUCCGUCUCUACCUGCAGGCUGACGAAACGUGGAAAGACGACACGGCGGGGCUGUGCGGCACGUUCAACGGCAACAUUCAAGAUGACUUCCUAUCUCCAUCUGGAAUGAUCGAGAGCACGCCUCAUCUGUUUGGAAAUGCCUGGAAGGUGUCAUCAGCCUGUUCACUCAGCCUGAGUACACCUCAGCUGGACCCCUGUGACACUCACCAGCAGGCUGUGACCUACGCCUCAGAGAUGUGUGACAUUCUUAAUCAAGAUCUGUUCUCCGCCUGUCAUGAGUACCUCAGCCCGACACCUUUCCAUCAGCAAUGCCACGCAGACACCUGUAGUUGCGGGACAACCUGCCUCUGCUCUUCCUUGGCUCAUUACGCUCGGCAUUGUCGGAGAUUCUCUGUCAUCAUUGACUUUCGAUCUCACGUAUCUGACUGUGCUGUCACCUGUCCUGCCACCAUGGAGUAUGGCACCUGCGUGUCCUCCUGCCCGCGCCGCUGCUCCUCCCUCUCCGUCCCGCAGCACUGUGGGGGGGACUGUGAGGAGGGCUGCGUCUGCCCCCAGGGGUCCUUCUACAACCACCGAACACACACCUGUGUGCACAGGAGUGAGUGUCCCUGCAGUUUUCUUGGAGCAGAUUACGAACCAGGAGAUGUGAUCAUGACGUCAGCAGGUGUUCAGCUCUGUCUUAAUGGUAAACUGGUGUCCCAGACUGCAGAAACUGACAGGCUUUGCCCGCCAGGUCAACUCUACCUGAAUUGCUCUGAUGGGGAAAACAACCUAACACCAGGAAGGGGCGUGGCCUGUGAGCGCACCUGUGAGUCCUUCCUGCUCAACAUCACCUGCUCUGCACACGAGCCCUGUGUCUCUGGAUGUGCCUGCCCGCCCGGGUUACUAAAACAUGGGGAUGAAUGCUUUGAACCUGAUAGUUGCCCCUGUUUGUGGAAAGGAAAAGAAUAUUUCCCUGGAGAUAGAGUUUCUUCUUCCUGCUACCAGUGUGUUUGCCAACACGGGAUGUUCCAGUGUAUGUUUCGUCCAUGUCCAUCUAUGUGCACAACUUACGGUGAUCGCCACUAUAGAACGUUUGAUGGGCUACUGUUUGACUACGCCGGUGCCUGCAAAGUUUAUCUUGUUAAGAGCAGCGCUGAUGUGAUGCUGAAUGUUAUGGCCGAGAACGUUGACUGCUUUGACAGCGGAAUCAUCUGCAGGAAAUCACUUCUGAUCAACAUUGGGGGAUCUUUCAUAUCUUUUGACGAUGAUUCUGGGAAGCUAAAUCCGUCUAGUGUGAUUGACAGGAAGCAGCAGAUGUUCAUCUGGCCAGCUGGAUAUUUCACAAUUAUUCACUUCCCAGAAAUAGAUGUGACGGUCUUGUGGGACCGCAAGACCACAAUUCACAUCCAGGUUGGACCCCGUUGGCAGGGGAAACUCAGCGGCCUGUGUGGGAACUUUGACCUAAAGACGAUCAACGAGAUGCGGACACCUGAUAACAUCGACUCUCCAACACCGCAGGAGUUUGGAAACAGCUGGACGGCAACAGAGUGUGUGAACAGUCCAGACAUCAGACACCCCUGCAGCCUGAGUCCUCUCAGAGAGCCGUUUGCAAAGCGUCAGUGCGCCGUCCUGCUCAGUGAGGUCUUUCAGACCUGCCACCCAGUGGUGGAUGUUACCUGGUUCUACAUGAACUGCCUUGCUGAUACAUGCGCCUGCAGCCGUGGAGGCGACUGCGAGUGUUUCUGCACCAGCGUGGCGGCGUACGCCCAGCGCUGCUGCCAUGAGGGCAUUCCUGUCGACUGGCGCUCACCCUCUCUCUGUCCAUAUGAUUGUGAAUUCUACAACAAAGUUCUGGGUAAAGGUCCAUUCAGGCUCUUCACCUUCAGGGAUCAGACGACUCUGUUGGCAGCCAGCGGGUCAGGCGGCUUUGUGUUCCUGCAGCGGGUCAACAUCAGCGUCAACGCCACUGCUGGGAUCCUUUCAGAGUUCAUGAUGACACCGGGUCUCAGCAGAGCUCGACCACAUGAUGCAUCGCGGGUUUCCUUUGAAGCAGCCGACAGACCAAACUACUUUCUCCACGCGAACGCCAGUGGCCAGGUGAGGCUGGCCAAGUGGGAGGAAAGUGAUGCAUUCUGGGAUGGAGCCACCUUCAUUCUCCACAGGAACACCUGGAUAUCGGGCUACGACUCACUAGAGUCGCACGCAAAACCAGGCUUCUUCCUUCACUUCACUCUGCCCCGCCUCCACCUGCUCAAAUUUAGACACACCUACAGUUUUCGCAGGGCCUCCCUGUUCAGACUGACAGGCCCCAGACCAGACACCCCACCAGGUCCUCAGUGUCAGUGGAGGUACGACUCCUGCAUCAGUCCCUGCUUCAGGACCUGCAGUGACCCAUUCGCCGAGUUCUGCGUCACCAUCCCACAAGUGGAGGGGUGCCUUCCUGCCUGCCCUGCGAACAAGGUCCUGGAUGAAGUCACCCGUCGAUGUGUCCAUGUUGAAGACUGUAUUAGGGUCCCAGAUUCUUUCCCAACUACCUUGCCCUCUACUGCAACUGAAACUUCUGAGACCACCACAUCAUCCACACCUCUGCACACAGAUCACACAGUAAAAGUUCCCACCAGCACUAUGUCUAGUAGUACUUCUUGGAGCAAAUACACCACCUCAUCCAAAGCACCACCCCACCAUGAUGAGCCGACCCAGCCUGAAUCCAUCACUCAUUCUGCAACUCCUGAACAUUCCAGAACUUUCUCUGGGCCAACAGUGCCAUCUGCUGUCAGGCCAGAGGUUGUGGAGCCGCUGUCCACAGUCGGAGUAAGUAAAACUCCGUCCACAACAGCUGCAACAAGAUGGACAACCAGGUGGACAAGCACUACCCUCAGCCCAUUCAGCCUUACCAAGUCUAGGACAACCAGAGCUCCUUUUGACACCUCUUUCACUAAACUGACCGACUCCCAGGGCGCCCCACUCACCACCACAGCUGUAACCACUACAGCAGCACAGACUACAACUUCCGCUGAGAGACCGACCUCAGUCAUCACUUCUUCAGUUGUACAUCCACAUGAAGACACAGCAGAGGGCGCAAGUUCAGCAAUUACUUGGACAACAACGACUUUAAGUCCAAUUUCACCUUCAGUUUCAGAAACGUCUAUAGAUCGCGACAGAACCACUGUCUCCAGUACAACUACUACUUUCUAUACAGGCACCAGUACAAAAGCUGCAACGUUAGAGGGAAUGGCAACAGUAUCAUUUAUCCUGCCAGAAUUACCAAGCACAAGCUCUACAACAGCUUCUCCUGUUCCCACCUCACCUCUUGUAGAAACAGGAACUCUAUCUUUAACAACAACAACUUCACCAAAGACUACAGAACAAUUUAGACUAGUUACUCCAUUAACUACCAGUAAAGAAACACAAAGUGGUACCUCAGAAAGGAUUUUGCACACUGUUCAAACUGAUCAUACAACUUCUGCAACUGUUUCUGUAUUAUCCACAACAACCAUCCAUCGUACUACCCCCUCUACAACUUCAGCGUCUGCUUCCCCCUCAGCUACUACAGGGUGGCAAGCAUCAUCCACAAAGAGAGUUACCAUCCCGAAAUCCCCAGCAUCUAGAACCCCUGCAGUUUCUACAACAACAGUUUCACAUCCACCUGCGAAAAUGACAGACAGCACCACUCCUUCUUGGGGUACGUCAACAGCCUAUGAAAGGACUUCAUGGUCUGCUGCUGUCCCAUUAACAGGGAAAACCACCACCAGCAAGCUAACUUCAAGACCCCUUGUGGUUCCAGAAACAUCCACGACUUCCACAGAUGUUCUGUUCACCACAAAACCCUCUACAGUAAUUACUACUUUACCACAAUCAUCAACAACAGAGAGCACUUCCCAUCCCUCCCAUACUGAGCGGACUUCUGUGCCUUGGCAUCUCUUCCACUGGCAGACCACCUCCACUUCCACUGCUACCUACAGACCUCCAAUGUCUGGGUUGCCCUCUGAAUCUGCUACCAUGUCUAUUAAAUCUCUUGAAGUUCCUCAUCCUUCAGUAACAUCUAGGACAACUUCCACCUUUGCAACAACUACCACCACCAGAAUGAAAACAACAGCUCCAGAAAGUGGAGCCACAACUACAAAGAAGUUGAUUACAACCCCGGCUCCCCGUGUGCCCGCCUCUCCUGAGACCCUCCUUACCACAAGUCCUACCGGAGCUGUACUCUCUAGUCUUCACACCACCGUUAAGCCUGUCUUUGUUGGGUUGAUUACAGAGACUUCACAUUCAGAUAUCGACAGACUAUCAACUACAACUACAAGCACAUCUUCUCCGUCGUUGUAUUCACCCCGCACAACAACCUCUGCAAGAGCUCCAGCUGUAUCUACCAUCCUGGACAAGGUCACAACCAGAUUGGUGUCCUCUUCAAGAGCUACACCCACCAUUGUGAGGACAUCAACCCUCACAGCAACACCCAAAGUUCCUGAAACAACAAGAGGUACACCCAGAAUGACGUCAGCCUCAAUCAGGCCCAUCACCCCAAAGAUCACCAUUGCGACGAGACCUUCAGUAAUCACCACCAGAUCAACAACAGUCCGCUCGCCAGCUACAACUCCAACCAUUGCAACAUCAGCAGCCAGAACUGAUCAUGUUAUCACAUCAGCAGCAAGUCCCCAUUCAACCACCAUAACAGCUCCAGUAGUGGUCCAUUCACCAAAAACAGCACCAUCACCUACAACCGUCUUCGUUGUAGAGUCAACCACAACCAAACAAACUGAAAUACCACCAUUUCCAUCCCAGCGUCCUGAUGUCUUUGUCUCAACCCAGAUGCCUGGUAUUUCAGUUCCAACUACACCUCCACAAGGGCCCAUCACCACCUUCCAAAAGAUUCAUACAAGUCCAGCUUCAACACCAUCUUGGAGUUCUCCUCUUACAGCAGUGGAAACAAUGAGCCGCUCAACUAAACAAUCAACAUUGAUGACAGAAACACCUAUAAGGAUGUGCACUCCUCCAUAUGCAGAGAUUGUUGACGAAUGCACAAAGUACAUCUGUGUCAACAACCAGCUCAUCCUGUUCAACAAAUCCCAGAGCUGCCCCUUUACAGCCGGGCCUCCAAACUGUGGACUGCUUGGUUUUGCUGUUCUGGUUAAUGGAGACAAGUGUUGCCCGAAAUGGGAUUGCCCAUGUCGCUGCUCGAUGUUUCCUGAUCUGAAUGUGAUCACUUUUGAUGGGGACAGCUUUGCCAUUUUCAAAGCCGCCUCAUACAUUGUUACCCAGCUGCCCAAUGAGACCCUUAGUGUCCUGAUUCGGGAAUGCCCGGCGGACUCUGAGAUACCACUCAUCUGGAAUUUCACCAACUUGUGUCUGGUCUCACUGAACAUCACACACAAAUCCAACCACGUUGUCAUCAACAGACUGCAGAGGAGACUCUACGUAAACUCACGAUACGCCAAGCCCCGUUUUAAAAAGUACGGCUUUGAGAUCUACGACACAGGCAACAUGUACCUGAUCCGUAGCCCGGCUGGCCUCAAGGUGCAAUGGUACCACAGCACUGGCAUGAUGGUGAUUGACACUGACAGUUCCGGCAGUAAGCUUCCUACCAUGGGGCUCUGUGGAUUCUGCGAUGGAGACAUUACCAAUGACCUUACGCUGCCCAAUGGUACCAUUUUGGGUGUAAGCAAGGACCCAACUAUGUUUAUCGACAGCUGGCAAGUUCCCAACACCACCAGCUAUGUCAGCUAUAGCCGCCGACGUGAGCACAACUGCUCCACCAGUGAUUGCUCACGCUGUCUGGCCAUGCUAGAAGACAACGCAUUCACCCCUUGUCACACAUUUAUGCCCCCCAGCACAUUUUGUGAGGUUUGGGUGAGAGACUCAGAGUACGUAAACAAUCAGUGUGUGGCUCUGGCUGCUUAUGUGGCAUCCUGCCAUAAAUUCAGUAUCUGCAUCGAGUGGAGGAGGCCAGAUUACUGCCCCUUUGUGUGUCCUGGCACUCUGAGCUACCAGGCCUGUUUACCAGCCUGCACUUCUCAGUCCUGUCCGAACCACGACUCUGACUCAGAUCCGGACCACUGCUCAGGCCUGACAGAGGGCUGCGUGUGUCCUAAAGGCACCCUGCUCCAUCGACCGUACUCUGCUCUCUGCAUCCCCACUGAGAAGUGUGCCUGCACCGACAGCUCCGGCGUUCCUCAUGCACACGGUGAGGUGUGGAAAGCCUCAAAGGACGGAUGCUGCAUGUAUCGCUGUGACAAUGACACCAUCGUUCCUGUGGAGUACAACUGCUCGAGCAUGCCGGGGCCAGUUUGCCAUCGAACUGGCGAAAUGAUCAUCAGCAUGUCUGACGACACCAGCUGCUGUCCACACAAAGUCUGCGUGUGUAAUCAGAGCUUGUGUGAUCACUUCCCCCCUGAGUGUAAAUAUGGGGAAAAGCUGGUGUCGUACUACAGACCAGACUCCUGCUGUCCAGACUACGUCUGUGAGUGUGAUCCUGAGCUUUGUGAGUCUGAGAUCCCAACCUGCAGAGAAGACCAGACUCUGGUCGCCACCAGAGCUAACGGCAGCUGCUGCCUGGCCCACAUCUGCAUGUGCUCCUCCUGUGUUGAGAUGCCUCCUUCCUGCCAGGAUGGUGAGGUUCUGUGCGUCGACAGAAACAGCACAGAUCGAUGCUGCCCAUCCUACCAAUGUGUGUGUGAGCCCUAUAGGUGUCCUCAGCUGAGUUGUCAUGUUGGGAUGUCAGUUGUGUCCGUUUCCAGUCCGAAUGUCUGCUGUCCCAACCAAACAUGCGAGUGCACUUGUGAAAAGGUCAUCUCUCCAAAAUGUAGCCUGGGAGAAGCUGCACAGCUUGAUCGGGCCUUUCUGUCCGAUCCACAGAACCAGUGUGCCUGCAAGAGAUACAAGUGCGUGCGUGAGGCUGUGUGUGUGUUUGGUGAGCGGGGAUUAUUGCGGCCGGGUCAGACUCUGGUUGAGCACGGAGACGAUGGCUUGUGUUACAGUCGCCACUGCAGCCAAGUUUUAGACCCGUUGAGUGGAUUUUACCUGCUGCGGACUUCCACCGUCAACUGCUCCGCCCACUGCCAACCGAAUCAGAUCUAUGUUCCUCCCAAAGACCAGUCAACAUGCUGUGGUGUCUGUAAAAACAUUUCCUGCCUCUAUCAACAUGAAAAUGGGACGAUAGGCCUCUAUAAGCCUGGAAGGUCCUGGGAAUCAAACUGCAAGAAGUUUGACUGCUCCGACACUUCAAUUGGACCAACACUCAUCUCCUACUCUUACAGCUGCCCCCCCUUCAAUGAAACAGAGUGUAUCAAGAUUGGAGGAACUGUCGUAAGUUACAUGGACGGUUGCUGCAAGACAUGCAAAGAAGAUGGGAAGUCGUGUCAGAAAGUGACGGUGAGGAUGACGAUCAGGAAGAACGACUGCCGCAGCAACCGGCCGGUGAACAUCGUGUCCUGUGAUGGGAAGUGUCCCUCUGCCAGCAUCUACAACUACAACAUCAACACGUAUGCUCGCUUCUGCAAGUGCUGCAGGGAGAAUGGGCUGCAACGACGCUCUGUGCAGCUUUACUGCAGCAGCAACGCUACCUGGGUCAGCUACACCAUCCAAGAGCCAACAGACUGUUCCUGUCAGUGGUCCUAAACACAAACACUCUAAGAACAUACACUGAUAUUCAGCAAGAAAGGUCUCAUCAGGAAAAAUAUCUCCAAGAUUUACAAACCUCACAGUGUAUAUGAGGAGGACAGCAUUAAGGACGUUGCGACUGAUUGAUGUGGAACUGUGAAUAACACCCCUGCAGGAUGCUGGGAGGGUUCAUAAGGUGGCUUCUCUGACUGUUAGUGAUCUCAGUAAGUAUUUGUAGUACCUCUGCUGGCAGGGAGAUGGAGGUGUAGAGCAGAAGAGCAGAUGUAACCAGGUCCUGCAGCACUGGCUGUCCCACACAAUGAUUGCACUGAUACUCACUUUCCCAGCAAAGACAUCCAAGAAAGACAACUAUUAAAUGACAGCACAUCAGAACUGAAGAUUAUUCUGUCUCAUUGUGACUACAGUUAAAGCAGAGUAUAGGGUCUAAAAGCUAUGCUUUAAGGUUUACAGGUAGAAACAUAUAUCAUCCAUUCCCUUGGAAAAUGUGUUGCUUACUUGUGUAAUAAUAAAAAAAACAACCUUUAAACAUACUGUUCCACAAAGUUUCAAAUAUUGUCCAAUAAUAAUAAAUUUUGCUGUUUUAAAGGCACAAGGGCCUAUUUGGUCAAAACUCGAUGGUUCUUCCAUUUGGUUCUUCUCUCUGUAAAAAAAUAUUCAACACCAUAAAAGUGAUGCAUACUGAGCCAAUUUGAAUUGUUUGCACAUAACUCAAAAUCGCUCCUACACAUAAUAUUUAAUACAGGACUUAUAUAAUAUUUUACUGCAACAUUUUCUUUUCAAUUGAUUCCAUGGUUUUAACUCUUGAUAUUUUUAUGUGUUUUAUUGUCUGAAGUCUGAAAAUGUAAAGUGAGAACCAAGUAGCCAGGAAAACAAACAAAGGUUUCUGAAGAGUAGGUGGCUUACAGAAAACCAAACUUAGGUAUUACUGCAUAACACAAAACUAUUUAAGACUACCUAAGACGAAUUUAGGGAAAGCAAGGUCUACAACUCAAAUGUGAAUUCAUACCAUUGAGAUUUAUUUGCAAAUUUGUCCAGUGCUGAGAACUGUGACUUGAAAACCUAAUAAGCUAGCGCAACACCCAGAGAUUCAAAAGAUUUCUGAGGAGAGCCCAGUUUGGCUAUAAUUCACCACAGUGGUGACUAACCAUUUGUGUCCAAAAGUUUAUAAUUAGUAAAACUGCAAUUAUGGCAGGAUUCUGACAUUUAAUCUUGGGCACAUGUGUGUCCUUCACUCCCAGGUCUCCCAACCGUCAAUAAAAUAUUUUCUAUCACUGAGCCAUGGUUGUAUAAAGCAUGGCAGUAGGCAACAAAGACAUGAAUGUCUCCCUUUCUCUGCACAUAGUCUGUGUUUUAUUUGCGACGGCUUGACUACACUAAAGUAAUGUAGCUGAGAAUACCAUCUAACUCCCAUAUCAGACUCUAGGUCCAUUUGGUGCUAAAUGUUACUUCAAAGUAAAGUUCACAUGCAGUGGAUGAGAAGGAAGUCUCUCUACUGAGAGAGCAGACAUAAAAAGUAAAAACCAUAGAAAAACAACACAUCUUACCUUGGACACUUUAUGCUCACAAACAUCUGCACUGACGUUGAUAGUCUCUCGCUGACUUUACUCAAGCUAUCCGUCAUUGCCGUGGCAUGAACUGUGGUAUGUUCUCAUCCCUCAGCCUUGAAUUAUUUUUUAUCUUAAAGCCAAGUUUAAUUAUCUUUGUUAUCUUGGUGCAGAGAAACUGUUUUUGGGAGGUAAGGCAAAACUUAAAGUCGCUGAAGUGCUAAUUGGUUUACAGACAGAAGAAGAUUAUUUUGCUUAUCUCAUUUCAAACAGAAUGUACGGGCAAACAGUGAUUUCUUUCUGUUUCAGACUUUUAUGGGUUUUAGGUUUUUUUGGCUGUAAAAAAUAUAUUUACCUUUUAAAGUAAUAAAGGUUUGAGGAGAAAACGCUGAGAAGAAACUUCUAAACUCCUUUUUACCUUCUAAAAAAACAUAACAAAACAGAAAACAGAUUACCUUAAAGUGAACACAAGGCCCAAGCACAAACAUACGAGACGAGGCAUUUAUAUCUUAAUAUAUUUUAUGACCGUGUUUAGAUUUUGACAUUGACUGGAAAUUGUUUCUAUUUGUAAAAUGUUAUCUCUUUAGAGGAAGGUUCAUCUCCUAAAGAGACCAUGUCUAUCAUUCUUUUGCUCAUAUAAAUCGAAGAUCUUCACUGUAUUAAGGGCAGACUUAGGUGAUUUUUCUUAUCAUUAAACAUAUUUAUAUUUAAACAAAUUGUGGUUCCUGCUGCCCUAUGCUGUUUCCACCUCCCUGCCCUCCUGUACAAGACGUGCCAAUUCGAAAAGUCAUCUUUCUUUUAUAAGAGCAUCUUGCCAUCGCUGUCUUAUUUAGUUUAAAAGAAAAAUACUUUUUAAAUGAGUUAGGAUGCAGUCCAGAAGGAAGAAAGUGCGGUAUUCAGAGAACACCUCCCAGCUCAGUUUUGACCAUCAUUAUCUUUAAAUCUGACCCCAAAAAGUUGUGUUGUUUUUGUAAAUAACUAAAUUCAAGUGCUCUUAAAAUUCUUUGCAGUGCAUAAUUUAGAUUUAUCUCUCUUAGAAAGGCUGAUGUAAAAUGUAUAUUCUGUGAUGUGGAUUUUACUCUCUGUAAUCAAUAUUUCUGAUAUCUUAUUAACUGAUUGAAAUCCAGCUGUUUGUGGAGCACUUUAUUUAUUUAUUGGAGUUUGAUAGAAGACAGAAGUUCUGUUCUAUAAGAUAGAUUUGACCCAAAAGGAGAAGAAACAACACAAUGCAAGUCUGAUUUGGAUUUUCUCAAACAAGACAGAUGCAUGUUUCUCUGUGGAUGAAAUGUUUGUUACAAACAGACUCCCGGAUAGCUAAGUUGAAGAGGAUUUGUUUUAUACAGAUGUACAUUUGACUUUUCAAUAAACCUUUUGGACGCUCAA